CAGCGGCGACGACGAUCUCCAUUCGAAACGUCAAAAAGGGGUGUAGUUGACGUUAGUCAAUUGUUUUGAGAAAAUGCGUGUCGUCUUUGUAGCAGUUUUAAUCCACUGUACUUUCCUUAUCAAUGCUGCAGAACCUGAAGGAACGGAUUGCAAAUGCGGUAAAGUAUUGAAUCGAAAAACAAACGACGAUCAGGGCGGCGAAACGGAAGGUUACUGUUCCGCCGGUGAGAGUGAGGCUUGCAAUGUUAAAGAGGAUAAGUACGAACGGAGAAUUAACGUUCACGAUGGAAUGGCGAUGAUAAAUUCCGGCAUCUUUGCCGUCGGUACAAACCAACCGAUAUUCGUGGCCGACGGUGAGGGUCCGAGACGAAACGUAACCCUGGACGAUUUCUACAUUGACGUUUACGAAGUUAGCAACAAAGAUUUCGAGGAGUUUGCAAAGGCUACGGGACAUCAAACAGAGGCUGAGAAAUUUGGGGAUUCCUUUGUAUUUGAGGGAUUAUUGAGCGAGGAAACAAAGUCUAAGAUCGACGAGGCGGUUGCUCAGGCACCUUGGUGGCUACCGGUCAAGAACUGCAACUGGCGUCAUCCUGAGGGUCCUGAUUCCGACAUACUGGGCAGAAUGGAUCAUCCUGUGAUUCACGUGUCUUGGAACGACGCCACAGCCUUUUGUAAAUGGCGAGGCAAACGGCUGCCUACGGAAGCUGAAUGGGAAGUUGCGUGCCGAGGUGGACUUGUAACUGAACGUCUUUUCCCUUGGGGUAACCGCCUCACUCCAAAGAAUCAACACAGGACCAACAUUUGGCAAGGAGUUUUUCCUAGCAAUAAUAGUGCUGAAGAUGGAUUCGAGGGGACAGCACCAAUCACAGAAUUUCCACCAAAUGGUUACGAACUUUAUAAUAUGGUUGGAAAUGUCUGGGAAUGGACUUCCGAUUGGUGGGUAACUGAACACAGUGAUAAACCUGAAAAAAAUCCUGUCGGACCGCCAAGUGGUACGGACAAAGUUAAAAAAGGAGGUUCGUAUCUGUGUCAUGAGAGUUACUGCUACAGAUACAGGUGUGCCGCGCGCAGUCAAAACACGCCUGAUACUUCUGCUGGCAAUCUCGGCUUCAGAUGUGCUGUGUCGAUUUAGCAACAUCUGCAUUGUACUUAGGUUGAAAUAUUUUGUAAAUACUAAUACAUGUACGCAUGAACGGAUAAAUUUUCAUCAAAAUAUUGAGUUGAUUUUAAAGUGAGGCCCAAGUCUUCCAGAAUACUAUUAGAAGUUUAGUAAAUAUGUGAAUGAAUCGUAUCGAAAUAUGCAGGGUUUACAUUAUUCCUCAAUAAUUACGAAUACAAAUUUAGGACCUCAAGUUACAGAUUUAAAGAAAUUGUGAUUGUAACCUCAGGUAAAAUGUGUGUAUGGAAAAAUGGUAUUAAUUUUUCAGGGGUUCCCAAUGUAGAAUCAAUGUUUCACUCAAUGCAAGCACAUUUUUGUGCCAGCGAUCAACAGGUUAUUUUAAUUUUAUAGGAGCCUCUGAAAUUCUUUUCCUAUGAAUAACAUUUAUUUUCAGGGAUUCCAUAAUUUGGGAAUUAUACAUCAAUAAUGUU